UUCACCGUCGGGCACCUUGGCCUGGAGCGUCGGAGAGCCGGACAGAGGAUUGCCGUGGGAAGCGAGGACGAGAGGAGUGAUCCAAGUUGUUGGGUGAGGGAGAGACGGCAGAUGGAUGAGGCACGAAGGAACAAUAAAGAAAAUAGCGCGCAGCUUCGCGCCAUGGAAUCGACUUCGCGCGUGAGGGAGAAGGAUUUCGCGCGGGGAGGAAUCGCUCCCUCUAGCAAUGACCGACGUACAACAACAGCGAAGCCGGCUCAUCUAGCGAAUAUUUCGUCGAUAAGGUGAAUAUUUCACGACAACGGCUUUUGUCUCUCUCCUCCGCUUCUCUCCUCCUCAUCAUAAAAAUAUUAUAUGAUCUGCAUAAGACCAUCUAUAAAACUGCUGAUAUAUAACAAGUAAUCAUGGAGCUUAACAACCGGAGUACCAGACAGAUUAGUAGUACUAUUCUUCAAUUCCACACCCAAAAAAAAGGAAAAAAAUGCCGCAAGUCUCAACAGAGACCCCCAACGGAUUCACAACCACGCUCGCCGAAACCAACUCGCGGCCUCUCCGUAGCAAUUUGCUUGGCCGCGAUUCGUCUUCCUCCUCUGUCUCUCUCUCUUCCCCCUGUCCCAGUCUCGCGCCGUGGCAGCACAUUUUUCUAAUCCUCUUCCUGUUCUACCCGCUUUCCGCUAAUCUCCUCCACUUCCGUCGGCUCAACGGCACGGGGGAGAAUCUCUUCCCAGCCAAUCCCAAAGUGUUUUCUUGCUUCGGUGUAUAUCCUACCCUGUCCCGCGAGAUUCUCGGCUAUUUUCUACUGUCCUAUGAAAUUGGUGCGGUUCUUGAAUCUGUUCGAGGAGCGUCAGUAGUCAACUGUGAUACAAAGAUCCUAGCUUUUCUGUUGUCCAUUUCAUUGAUUUUCCCAAAGCUUUUCCGGGUUUUUUUUUCUUCUCUGCGAUUUCUUCCACUACAGCGCAAGAAUCCGCUGCUCUACUGUUGUUCGGAGAUUGACCAUGGGUGGCGGCGGCGCUAACGAGCGCUUCCCGGGGGGCAGCGACCCGCUGCUCCCGACGAAGCGGGAGGGGGACGACGACGACGCCGGCGCCUCCGCGUUCCAUGAGUUCAACGGGGCAUCCUUCGCCGGCGCGGUGUUCAACCUCUCCACCACCAUCGUCGGCGCGGGCAUCAUGGCGCUGCCGGCCACCAUGAAGGUGCUCGGCCUCGUGCCCGGGCUCGUCAUGAUAGUGCUCGCCGCGCUCCUCACCGACGCCUCAAUCGAGCUGCUCGUGAGGUUCAGCCGCGCCGUGGGAGCGCGGUCCUACGGCGCCGCCAUGGGGGAUGCCUUCGGGUGGUGGGGCAGGAGGCUGCUCCAGGUCUGCGUCGUCAUCAACAACGUCGGCGUUAUGAUCGUCUACAUGAUCAUUAUUGGUGAUGUGCUUUCUGGGACCGAUUCUGGUGGUGAACAUCACUAUGGUGUUCUAGAAGGAUGGUUUGGCAUGCACUGGUGGAAUGGGCGUUUCUUUGUUCUCCUGGUUACAACCCUUUGUAUUUUUACUCCACUAGCAUGCUUGAAGCGUAUUGAUUCAUUGAGCUAUACCUCCACAAUAUCUGUAGCUUUGGCUGUUGUAUUCGUUAUCAUUACUGCAGGCAUUGCUAUUGUCAAGUUGAUAUGUGGACAAAUUCCAAUGCCCAAGUUGUUUCCGGCGGUUCCUGAUUUGGCUUCUGUUUGGGAACUUUUUACAGCAGUACCAGUUCUUGUCACCGCUUACGUUUGCCAUUACAAUGUCCACCCAAUUCAUAAUGAGCUAAAGGACUCUUCACAGAUUAAGCCAAUAGUGCAUACAUCAUUGACACUGUGCUCGACUAUCUACAUCACAACAAGUUUCUUUGGAUACCUCCUCUUUGGCGAGUCUACACUCUCUGAUGUGCUCUCCAACUUUGAUUCAAAUCUUGGGAUCCCAUACAGUUCAGUUCUAAAUGAUGCUGUCAGAGUGAGCUAUGCUGUUCACCUUAUGCUCGUGUUCCCCAUGAUAUUCCAUGCACUGCGGCUUAAUUUGGAUGGGCUUCUCUUCGCCUGUGCAAGGCCUCUGUCUUCUGACAACAGGAGAUUUGGUGUAAUGACAGCAGUGCUCCUCCUAGUGAUUUUUGGGUCUGCAAACUUCAUUCCUAGUAUUUGGGAUGCCUUUCAAUUUACUGGAGCUACUGCUGCUGUUUGUAUUGCCUUUAUUUUCCCAGCUGCAAUCACUCUAAGGGAUCCACAAGGUAUAGCAAAGAAAUGGGACAGGAUUUUGGCUGUCUUUAUGAUUGUUCUUGCCGUUGUAUCAAAUGUAGUAGCGGUGUACAGCGACGCCUACAAAAUGUUCCACAAGAAAAGUGCUCCUUCCCAGGGCUGAACUGGAGAAUCCGCUGAAGAUUUGUCUUCAUGGUGGUUUGUACAUUAGUUAGUCAAUAAGAGAUUCAUUCAAAGGUUUCAUGGGAUUGGAUUUGAUGAUUUGUUUCACGGGCAAGGUCGACUCAAUCAUGUUAAGUUUCAUGCAUGUAUGUAUAGUAGGAUGCACAAACUUCAGACUCAGGUGCUUCGGUACAGUAUAAAAAAUGGGACAAUUGUGUCAAAUGUGAAAUUAUAGAGUUGGCCCUUCGAGCGUGCUA